GAUAAGGUGUGGCAAAGGGCUGAAUACGGCACACACACAGCCGUUUUCGUGAAGUGACAGGAUGACUACCAGCAUAAUUAUCCUGUUAAACAGAGAAAAUUAAUUAAAUUGUUUGUUAUUGUAAAUCCUCUUGUGACAGGGCGGAAGUGUCAACAAGGCCAACAGGAUGGCAACACCAUAGACGAAGCAUAAAUCUUUUCAUCCCCGUUGAAAUCAUCCACAACCAAACCGGGACUUCCUUCAGGUAAAGCCAAGAGCAGCGUAACCCCCACUGAAGGAGAUGCGUCUCAGGCGAAGGCGAGAGGACCCCCUGUCGAGGAGCUGGUGCCCCCAGAUGGCGGCUGGGGUUGGUUCAUCGUGCUUGGUAGUGGUAUCAUGCAGUUUGUAUUGCCGAGUCUCUCGACCUGCUUCGGCCUGAUCUACGUGCACCUGGUGGCGUCCGGAUACACGAACAGCCAGGUGUCGCCCAUUCCCGGCCUGAUGUUCGGAAUGGCGUGCCUAACAGGUCCCGUAGCAACAAGUCUCUCCCGUUACUAUAGUCACCGGCGUCUGAGUAUCACUGGGAUCUGCCUCACGGUGAUGGGCAUCUUCCUGUGUUCCUUCUGGGAUGACCUCUAUUGGUACUAUGUCUGCUUUGGGGUCAUUGGGGGCGUGGGCAACGGCCUGGCGAAUCCCCACGGCUUCAUCCUGGGCCAGAUGUACUUCCGCCGAAGGAGGGUGGCCGCCAACGCCCUCUCGAUGCUGGGAGCCUCGCUGGGUUUCAUGGUGAUGCCGCCCCUCGUCAGGUUCCUCGCCAACACGUACGCCCACCAGGGCGCCCUCCUGCUGUGGUCGGCUAUCCUGCUGCACGGCUUCGUGGGCGCCGCUCUCUACCAGCCGGUCGAGUGGCACUUGAAGCCCAACCCUCUGGCCAACGUUCGCCUGGUCAAGGCCAGGCCGUGCCAGGAAGAGAGCCAUGUCGCUGAUGCUGACGAUGAAGAAGCAGAGGAUGGCAGUCAGGAUGACUCAUAUCCCAGCGAGAGUGGAGGUGAAUAUGAAGAGGGGGAUGAAGAAAGCCUUGAGCAAGGCGUCGCUCACGAUCACCCUGACCCCCAAAGACGCCGAGAAUCCGCCGCGUCCAAGGGGGAAGCGGAGGUGUUCCUCGGCAGACAGAGCAGUGAGAAGCCCCUGGGAGGAGGCAGACGCAGGCUCAGCAGUUGUACCAGAACCUCCGUUCGAAACAGUUUGUACAGUUCGUGUGACGUCAUCGACCAGUUCGGCGGCGCUCUCUCUGUCGAAACGGAAAGACUGAAAGAUGUGUAUGUUGAAGUUGUGGAAAUCGCUCAAGAGAAGCCGACAGAACCGCAGCCCAUUCUCCUGUGUGGGCUGAAGUUUCCUCGGUUUUCUGAUAUUCUGAAUUUUAGGAUAUUGUUCCACCCCAUGUUCCUCAUCUCGUCCAUAUCUAGCAUCGCUAACAGAAUGGUAUACAUGAACUUUGUCACAUACAUCCCGGCUUUGGGAGUAGACCUGGGCAUGCAGAACGAGGCGCCCUUCCUGCUCACCAUGAUCUCGGUGGCUGACCUCGUCGCCAAAGGAAUCAUGUCCCUCGUCAGCGACCGCGGGUGGUGCCAGCGCCGCUACUUCGCCAUCAGCGCCGGCGUCCUUGCUUCUGUGACGGCCUCGCUGGUGCCCCAAACGUGGAACUUCACAAGCCUUGCCUCCUGCUGCGCCCUCUACGGAUUCACUGGUGUGAUGGUGUCCGUGUCUCCCAUCCUGCUGGUGGAAUACCUCGGCCUCAAGCUUCUUCCUUACUCGUUCGGUCUCCUCCUCUUCAUGAAUGGAGUGGCAUCACUGGUCAUUUUCCCUCUUACUGGUUACAUCAACGAUAGAAUGGCUAACUACACAACAAUCUAUUACUUGCUGGGAGGCCUUUCGCUGAUGCCGUCCGUUCUGUGGAGUCUCGUGCCCUUCGUCAACCAAGACAAGAUCAGAAACCUUGUCUGAAGUCUUAUUAAUCAUAUUCCGUCCACUUUCAGGAAAGGAAUGCGUACCAGAGUACUUAAAGUCCAGGUUUUUUUCCUUUUCUGAGACCGGACGGAGUAUAAAUCAAACGGAAGUUCAUUGUAUACAUACAAAUUCGUACGUUGCAAUAUAUGAAUAUCAAAAUAUGUGGUAUUACUAUAUUGUUUACAUGUCACCCACAGCAGGUGGCUCUCACGUGAUAAAAGGAUCUAGCUUCUUCGAAAGCCAUAGUUUCGAAGACAUAUGGAAGAAUAUGUGAACUACAUAGAGCAUGAAUAUGAUCUUCAUU